GCCUCCCUCACAGCCCGCCCCAAGAUGGCGGCGGCCAUGCCGCCUCCCGCCGCCGCCGCCUCUGGCUGCUCUGCGCGCCCUCCCCGCCCUUUUUAACGGCCUCGCUGCCGCCGGCGCCUCCCCCGGCGCUCCCCCGAGCCCUCGCCGGCCCCGCCGUGAGGGCGCGCCCAUGGACGGGCCGGGCGCGGCGGCGGCGGCGGGCGCGGGGCCCGGCGGCGCCAGCAACGUCCCCGCCUUCCUCACCAAGCUGUGGACGCUCGUGGAGGAUCCCGACACCGACUCGCUGAUCUGCUGGAGCCCCAGCGGGAGCAGUUUCCACGUGCUGGACCAGGGCCAGUUCUCCAAGGAGGUGCUGCCCAAGUACUUCAAGCACAACAACAUGGCCAGCUUCGUCCGGCAGCUCAACAUGUACGGGUUCCGGAAGGUGGUGCACCUGGAGCAGGGCGGGCUGGUGAAGCCGGAGCGCGACGACACCGAGUUCCAGCACCCGUUCUUCCUGCGCGGCCAGGAGCGCCUGCUCGAGAACAUCAAGAGGAAGGUCACCAGCGUGUCGUCGCUGAAGGGCGAGGAGGUGCGGGUGCGGCAGGACAGCGUGGCGCGGCUGCUGGCAGACAUGCAGGCCAUGCGCGGCAAGCAGGACAGCCUGGACUCCCGCCUGCUCGCCAUGAAACACGAGAACGAGGCGCUGUGGCGGGAGGUGGCCGGCCUGCGCCAGAAGCACGCCCAGCAGCAGAAGGUCGUCAACAAGCUGAUCCAGUUCCUGAUCUCCCUGGUGCAAUCCAACCGCAUCCUGGGCGUCAAGAGGAAAAUCCCGCUGAUGCUGAACGACGGCGGCCCCGCACAUUCCAUGCCCAAGUACAGCCGGCAGUUCUCCCUGGAGCCCCCCGGCAGCGCCGCCUACCCCGCGGCGGCGCCGGCGCUGUCGGGCCCGGCGCUGUUCCCGGCGGAUCCCGGCGCCCCCUCGGGCCCCAUCAUCUCGGACGUCACCGAGCUGAGCCCCGGCAGCCCCCGCGGCUCGCCCGCGCGCAGCCGCGACGGAAGGAGCAGCCCGGCGAUCCGGAUCAAGGAGGAGCCCCCCAGCCCCACGCGGAGCCCGCCAGCCGAGGAGCCCCGGAGCGCCGGCAAUCCCGGCAAUCCCGGGAAUUCCGGGAAUUCCGAGACCCCCCUGUCCCCGUCCACCUUCAUCGACUCCAUCCUGCGGGAGAGCGACUCCGGAGCCGCUCCCGGGAAUCCCCAGUCCCAGGAAAAGUGCCUGAGCGUCGCCUGCCUCGACAAGUCGGAGCUGAACGAGCACCUGGACACGAUCGACUCCAGCCUGGACAAUCUGCAGGCGCUGCUCAGCACCCACGGCUUCAGCAUGGACAGCGCCCUGCUCGACCUCUUCAGCCCGUCGGUGGCGGUGCCGGACGUGACCCUGCCCGACCUGGACAGCAGCCUGGCCAGCGAGCGGGAAUCACUCCCGGAAUUCCGGCAGAUCCAGGAUCUCCUCUCGAACCAGGAGCAGCAGAAACCGACGGAGACCGAGCCCGGCGCGGGGGACUCCGGGAAGCAGCUGGUUCCCUGCACGGUCCAGCCCCUGUUCCUGGUGGACUCCAGCGCCGUGGACGUGGCGUCCGGGGACCUUCCCAUCUUCUUCGAGCUGGGCGAGGGGCCGGGCUUCCCGGACGGGGACGAGUACCCCGAGGAGUACCCCGAGGAGUACCCCGAGGAGUACCCCGAGGAGCACCCCGAGGAGUAUCCCGAGGAUCCCGCGCUGCUGCCGCGGCCGCCCAAGGACCCGGCCGUGUCCUAAAACCGGGACCGGGACAGGGACACGAUCCCAAAAAACUGGGGGUCACAAAAACCAGGGGUCCCAAAAAACCGGGGAUCCCAAAAAAAUCAGGGGUCCCAAAAGCCAGGGAUCCCAAAAACCGGGGAUCCCAAAAAAACAGGGAUCCGAAAAAACCGGGGUCCCAAAAAACCGGGGUCCCAAAAGCCAGGGAUCCCAGAAAACCAGGGAUCCGAAAAAAUCAGGGGUCCCAGAAAACCAGGGAUCCCAAAUAAACAGGGAUCCCAAAAACCCACGGAUGGGGAAAGGGAAGGAAGCCCCAGAGACUCGUCCUGCUUCUCGCACAGAGCCCGGAGCCGCCGCUCCCUCCGAGCGCCCCGGGGGAUCCCGGGAAUUCCGGGGGAUCCUGGGGGGUCCUGGGGGAUCCUAAAUCGUCCUGGAGAAUCCCAGGGGAUCCUAAAUCAUCCUGGAGCAUUCUGGGAAUCCUGGGGGAUCCUAAAUCGUCCUGGAGGAUCCUGAAUCGUCCUGGAGAAUCCCGGAGCGUCCCGGGGAAUCUUGGAGGAUCCCAGGGAAUCCUGGAGCAUCCCAGGGAAUCCUGGAGGAUCCUAAAUCAUCCUGAGGAGUCCUGGAGGAUCCUAAAUCAUCCUGGAGGAUCCCGGAGCAUCCCAGGGAAUCGUGGGGGAUCCUAAAUCAUCCCGGGGAAUCCUGGAGCAUCCUGGAGAAUUCCGGGAAAUCCCAGAGGAUCCUGGAGCAUCCCAGGGAAUCCUGGAGCAUCCCGGGGAGUCCUGGAGAAUCCUAAAUCAUCCUGAAGGAUCCUAAAUCAUCCUGGAGGAUCCCAGAGCAUCCCAGGGAAUCCUGGAGAAUUCCAAGAAAUCCCGGAGGAUCCUGGAGCAUCCCGAGAAGUCUUGGGAGGAUCCCGAAGAAUUCCGGGAAAUCUCAGAGGAUCCUGGAGCAUCCCAGAGCAUCCUGGAGGAUCCCAAAUCAUCGUGGAGAAUUCCAGGAAGUCCCAGAGGAUCCUGGAGCAUCCCAGAUCAUCCCGGGAAAUCGCAGAAGAUCCCAAAAAAUCCUGGAGCAUCACAGAGAGUCCCAGAAAAUCCUGGAGCAUCCCAGAAAAUCCUGAAGGAUCCCAGAGGAUCCCAGAAAAUCCUGGAGCAUCCC